AUGGAAAGAGGACUGAUAGCUCGGAGGACCGGCGGCACAAAUCGACUGACAUGCGGCCCUGGGACGCCCACAUGGGCUGCCUUGGGCCCCGCCAAGCGCGUUGCGAUGCGGCCACGGCGCAACGGGCCGGCCCGUCCUUUUGGGCCCUUCCGCCUGAUGGCCGUGUCCGAGGCGAAAGCCGAUCCACCAGCGGCGUGGCCCAAGCGAUGCAGAGCGCCUGAAGUGCCGCCUACCAGUGAGCCCAAGAAAAUAUCCCUUUUGGGAUCAACGGGCUCCAUCGGCACCCAAACUCUGGACAUCUGCGCAGAACACCCUGAAGAGUUCAGUGUCAGGGCAAUAGCUGCUGGCUCCAAUGUAGACCUGCUAGCCAAACAUGUGAAGGAAUUCAAACCAGAGCUGGUGGCCAUUCGGGACGCGUCCAGAGUUGGGGCGUUGAAGGAACUCAUCGCUGACGUGCAUCCGCAGCCAGAGGUGUAUGGAGGGGAAGAGGGGGUCAUCGCAGCUGCCACACACCCAGAUUGCGAGUCUGUUGUCACAGGCAUUGUGGGCUGUGCGGGUUUGAGACCAACAGUGGCUGCGAUCGAGAAGGGAAAGAACAUCUGCCUGGCCAACAAGGAGACACUCAUUGCCGGCGGGCCGUAUGUAUUGCCCUUGGCAGAGAAGCAUUCUGUCCGCAUACUCCCUGCAGAUUCUGAGCACUCAGCAAUUUUCCAAUGCCUGCAAGGUCUGCCAGAAGGGGGCUUAAGACGAAUCAUACUCACAGCAUCGGGUGGGGCGUUUCGAGACUGGCCUGUAGAGAAGUUGAAGGACGUCAAGGUUGCUGAUGCAUUGAAACAUCCGAACUGGAGUAUGGGAAGAAAAAUCACUGUGGACUCUGCCACUUUGAUGAACAAAGGCCUAGAGGUCAUUGAGGCCCACUAUUUGUUUGGUGCGGACUAUGACCACAUUGAGGCUAUCAUCCAUCCCCAGAGCAUCAUCCACUCCAUGGUGGAAACGGCAGACUCUUCUGUGCUGGCACAGCUGGGCUGGCCUGACAUGCGGCUGCCCAUCCUUUACACGCUGUCGUGGCCCAACCGUGUCCAAACGUCGGAGGACACUUGGCCCCGACUCGACUUCGUGAAGAUGGGGGACCUCACUUUCCGUGAGCCAGACCGUCAGAAGUACCCCGCACUGGACUUGUCGUAUGCAGCAGGACGUGGGGGAGGCACAAUGACGGGUGUGCUCAGUGCCGCCAACGAAAAGGCUGUUGAGCUGUUUUUGGACGAGAGGUGUGGCUAUUUGGACAUCAUCCGUCUGAUUGAGUGUGCAUGCGAACGGCACCAGGCAGACUUAGUGUCAGAACCGUCGCUAGAGGAGAUCGUGCACUAUGACCUGUGGGCACGUGACUAUGUUGCUGAGCAGGUCGCCAAACUAGGACUCAUUCCAGCAUGA